AUGGGAAAUCCAAUGUCUGGAUAUUGUUCAUACAGUGACAAACCCAAAAAAAUAAUUGCCCGACGGACGUUUUUUAACUCAUUUACUGAUGGAACUGUCAAAAUUAUUGAUUACACUGGCGUAAUGGGAUAUUCACAAACUCUUACUCCCCCCAUCCUUGAUCGAACGACUCGCCAUUGUUCGAUCAAGAUGAUGGGGUUAAAAAAAUUUUUUUGGGAAAAAUUUAUAUAUAUAAAAUAUAUAUAUAUAUAUAUUUUUUUUAUUUACUUUUAAAUAAGAGGGUUAAGAGUAUUUAAUAAUUAUUUUUACAGCAAAAAAUUAAAUUAAUUUCAGAAAAUACCAAUUUUUAAUAUUUUGAUUUAUUUAGUUACCCUUUUAAACUGUAUAAAUUUUAAUUUGUUCCUUAUAUUUAAUUAAUUUUUUUUUAAAUUUUUAAGAAUCUCUAUUUUUUAGAUUAUUGAGUUUUUAAGCCUAGGCUGAUGACUAAAUCACUUCGGAUGGUUGAUUCCGUAGCUUUCUGUCGUCUCAAAGCUCUGAAAACAACUUCAUUAGGUACAUCUUCCCAAGCUUUUGAUAACUAAUAUAUUUUUAUAUAUAUAAAAUUUGCAUGAUAUGAAAAUCGUUCGAUCAAGGAUGGGGGUUAAUUUCCUCCAAUUUUUAGGAAUUUUUACAGUCAAUCGUUCGAUCAAGGACGUGGGAAGUUAGUGAUAUGAAACACAAAAUGAGAUCAAUCAUCCCUUAUGAAAUAAGAAGAAUCAAAGAUAAUUCCAUAGACGAGCGGCAUUCCAUUGUGAAGGUUGCAGGGAUAAAGCAAGACGGAGACAUGUUUAUUGAAUUCACCUUUGAUAUCAUUUUCAGCUCUUUAGGAAAAUUCAAUAUCAGCAUAGCUCAAAGUAAAAGUCCUUUAUUAAACGACGCAAAAUGUAAUGGAGUGCUAGAGUUAUAUUAUACUUUUCCGAAAGAUACCGUAAUUUUUAUUCAGAUUUUCAAAAGGGAUUUUAAAGAUUUUUUUGAGUGGCUUGAGAAGAAUAAAAAUAAUCCAUAUAGUAUUUUGAAGGGUGAAGGAGAUAAUAUGGGAAGGGUUAUUUAUGCGUAUUUUCGAUCAAUGGGAAUAAAGGAUGAAAAAAAUAACUUAAAUUAAUAUGUGAUAAUUACAUGUAUCUAGCUCUAUUAUUUGUAUAAAUAUUUAUAUUAAAUUAUAAAUAGUAUACGAAUUCUUAUGAAACUUGUA